CUUAGUACAGUGCCUGGCACUUAGGAAGAGAUCAAUCAGUGCUUAGGGACUAACUCCAAAUUGCUAGAUUUGGAAUGAGCUCUCUGCUUGAAUUCUAGCUCUGACACUUACCACCCUGGUGACCUUGGACAAGUUUUCUCAUUGAGUCUUAGUUUUUACUACAAAAAAGAAGCCUUAAAGUUCCUUUCAGCUCUAAAUCUAUAUGAUCAUAGGGAUACUCUGGAACCUCUUCUCUUGUAUCUGGGCUUUAUUAUUUCUGGCCUAGGUUCCUCUAGGAUAGCACAUGGAAGAAUACUUUUCAGGAUCUGGAUCCCUGGAUGUGCUGAGCCAUUUUAAAGAAGAUUUGGCUACCCUGGACAAAGAGAUCAUAGAAAUGAAUGCUAAGCUGGAACUCAUUCCUCAAAGUCCUCAGGCUGGAGGAGAGGGAAAGAUAAAGCUUUUGGGCCCCUGAAAUGAACACUGCACUUAAGUCAUGAGUCGGAAUCCUGACAGCCACUUCCUAGCUGUGUGAUUGUAGACAAGUCAUUUAGGCCCUCCACCCCAUGUGCCUUAUUUAUAAAAUGGGAAUGUGACUACUUAUAGGAGGAAAGUAUUAGGUAAACCUUAAAACUUCAGAAUACUGUGGACUUUGUCAUAAAACAUAGUGUGUCUGAGCUGGAAGGAAAUCCUCAGCAGGAAAAUCUUCCUCUUAAGGAAAAUUAAUGCCUGGAAAAGUCACUUAGGCUAAAGCUACAUUGGAUUCAGGUAAUUAACCCUGGAAAGGAAAAGGGGAAACUGAGGCAUCCAUCUAUGUGUGAGCUCCAUAACCUUGAAAAAGGAUAGUUUCUUAUCUCCAAACCUAAGCCUUAUUUUUGAUUUUCCUGCCAGGCAGUCCAUCUAACCAAACCCAAAGCCUCCCCAGAAGAUUCCAUCCCCGCCCCAUUCCAUUUUUAUUGGCCAGACCUGCCCUGGGUGGAGACAAUGGAAAUUCAGAGAAGGGUGGGGACUGUGAGGAAUAUAGGCAGGUGUGAGGAGAGCUCUUCCACUAAAGGGCUUGGGUCUGUGCCUAGGAGACUCACCAGACAGCAGUGCCCAGGGAUCAGACUAAUUUCCUGUUACUCUUUUUGCAGCCACCAGCAUCUCCAGACAGGAUGGGUCACUACAGGGUACGAGUGGACACUGGGAACUUUGCCUUCGCAGGGACCAACAACCAGGUGCAGCUGUGGUUGGUGGGGCAGCGUGCAGAGGCCAAACUGGGGCCGUGGCUUCGGCCAGCUCGAGGACAGAAGGAGGAUUUUGAAGUGGAUGUCUCAGAAGACCUGGGGCCCCUCCUGUUUGUGAAGCUCCAGAAAAUCCAUUUCCUGCUGAAGGAUGCCUGGUUCUGCAACCACAUAACUGUUUGGGUCUCUGAGAACAUGGAGGAGGAGGAGGGGAUAUUGUUCCCCUGCUACAGAUGGGUGCAGGGAGAUGACAUCAUCUGCCUGCCCGUAGCCACUGCUUGGAUGAUGGGAAAGGAUGUCCAGGGACUGUUUAAGAAACACAGAGAAGAGGAGCUAGAGGAGAGAAGGAGAUUAUAUCGUUGGGCUACCUGGAAGAAAGGGAUAUUCUUGACAGUGGAAGCAGCAUCAGAGAAAGACCUACCCCUGGAUGUGAGAUUCCAUGAGGAUAAGAAGAUUGAUUUUGAUGGGGCACUGGCUGCAGGAGAGAUGGAAGUUGUCCUUAAACGUGUGAGCAAUUUCCUGAGUUCCUGGAAGAGCUUGGAAGAUUUUGACCAAAUCUUCUGGGGCCACCAGAGCACCCUGGCCAAGAAGGUACGCCAGUCCUGGAAAGAUGAUGAUUUUUUUGGCUACCAGUUCCUUAAUGGGAUGAACCCUACAAUGCUGAAAAGGUCCACUUCACUCCCCUCGAGACUUGUGAUCCCCCCAGGGGCAGAGGAACUUCAGAUCCAGCUGAAAAGAAAGCUCCAGGAGGGCUGCCUAUUUGAAGCUGACUAUUCCCUAUUGGAUGGAAUCCAGCCCAAUGUGAUCCAGGGGGAGAGACAAUACCUGGCUGCCCCUCUAGUUAUGUUUAAGCUGGAGCCUGAUGGGAAGCUGCUACCCAUGGUCAUCCAGCUCCAGCCUCCCUGCUCUUGCUCUCCAGUUCCACCACUCUUCCUGCCCUCAGAUCCCUCCCUCACUUGGCUCCUGGCCAAGGCCUGGGUCAAAAAUUCUGACUUCCAGCUGCAACAACUACAAACCCAUCUCCUGAGGACCCAUUUGUUGAUUGAGGUGUUUGCUGUAGCCACCAUGAGGUGCCUCCCAGGGAUGCACCCCAUCUUCAAGCUGCUGGUCCCUCACUUCCGCUAUACUAUGGAGAUCAACACUCGUGGACGGGCCGUAGUCUUCUCUGAUGGGGGAGGUUUUGAUAAGAUGCUGAACAGUGGUGGGGAAGGUAAACUGAAUAUCCUCCGAAGAGGGAUAGCCCAUUUGACCUAUCGAUCCCUCUGCCUUCCCAAUGACCUGGCUGACAGAGGGCUUCUGGGGAUUCCAUCAGCUCUCUAUGCUCAUGAUGCUCUCCGGCUCUGGGACAUUAUUUCCAGAUAUGUACAAGGAAUGGUCCAUCUCUAUUAUUCAGGGGACAAGGUUGUACAGAAUGACCAUGAACUACAGGCAUGGUGCCAAGAAAUCACUGAGAUUGGGUUGUGUGGGGCCCAGUUCCGAGGGUUUCCUGCCUCCUUCCAAACCAGGGCUGACCUCUGCCACUUUCUCACCAUGUGCAUCUUCACAUGCUCAGCCCAACACUCAGCUGUUAAUCAGGGACAGGGUGACUGGUAUACCUGGGUCCCUAAUGCUCCAUGUUCUAUGCGGCAACCCCCACCAACCACAAAGGAUGUAACCUUAGAAAUGGUGAUGGAUACAAUGCCCAGCGUCUAUCAAUCCAGUAUCCAGAUGUCUAUUUCAUGGCAGGGGAGCCGUCCCCAGCAAGACAAGGUACUCCUGGGUCAUUACAAGGAGAAAUACUUCUCAGAACCCGAGUCCAAGGCUGUGCUGAGCCGUUUCCAGAAAGAUUUGGACAUUCUGGAAAGGGAGAUUGUGGCUCGUAAUGAAAGUCUGGACCUGCCUUAUGAGUACCUUCAACCAAGCCAGAUAGAAAACAGCAUUACCAUCUAAGUCCAACAUCUGGCUUACUGCCACUCUGAUUGGGUUGGAAAAGCCUUAUUUCCUUUCCCUUAGUCCUUUUAAUCUCAAGUCUACAGGUACAAAAAUUAUAAGUUUGGGAUUCUGUCCCCACAUCUGACCUGUCUGCUCUUUUUCACCCACCCACUGAGGAGGGCUGAUUCUGUAUAAAUUAUAUUUAACAUCUCA